UGCUGAGCCCGGAGCGGAGGGUGCGCGUCCAGACGCGGCGGGAGCCGGGCCCCGGCGGCUGCCCUCCCCGCGCCGCUCCCGGGCCACAGCGCCACCCGCCCUGCGCCUCGCCCGGCGCCGCGUCUCCCAGGCCGGGGACGAAGGGCGGAGCGGAGGGGCCGGCGGCAGCCCCGGCCGGAGACGUAAGCCCCCUGCAGGUGGCCCGCCAGCCUGGGGAGGGGACCUCGGGCCCGGCCGCUGCGUCAGCCGGCCGGUGGCUGCGGGAUCCCCGAGCCCGAGCCCUCGGCCCCGCCACGUUCACGAACCUGCACCCCGAGCCCCGCGGCGCUUUCCGGGAGGGAUUUGCACCGGCGGUCGGCGCCCGCGGGCGGCACCAUGGCCCGGAGCCUUUUGCAGGACUGGUGCAGGGGGCUGGACGUGGACGUGCACCGGGCCCUGCUGGUCACCGGCAUCCCCGAGGGCCUGGAGCCGGCGGCCAUCGAGGCCGUCCUGCAGCCCGCCUUCCGGCCCCUGGGCACGUUCAGGCUGCGGAGCACGAGGGCCGUGCGGGGCGGGAAGGCCCGGGCCGCCCUGGUGGAGUUCCUGGAGGACAUGGAUCCCGCCGCCAUCCCCAGCGAGAUCCGCGGCGGGGACGGCGCCUGGAGGGUCCUGUGCAGGGACCGCGCGGAGGACACCGGCGUCCUGCGGCAGAUGAAGCGCUGGCUGCGGGAUGAACGGGCCCCCGGGGCCACGCCCACCGCUCCCGCGGCGGAGGCUGAGGCCCGGGAGGCUGGCCCCGCUCCUCCGGGCGCAGCCAGCAGGGCGAGGAAGGGCCGGCGGAGUCGCCGAAGCAGAGCCAGAGGCCGCAGGCUGGCCCAGAGGGGCAAGAAGCGAGGCCGAGGCGGGCGGCCCUUCCCCGGCGCCAGGCGCGGGUCCGAGGACUCCUCCUCUGACAGCCUGGGCCUCGUGGUGGAGGAGCUGGACGAGGAGGCCCUGGGCGGGCUGGACGCCCAGAGAGCGCUGUACACCACGCUGCAGGUGGCCGCCAGGGAGCUGGUGCGGAAGUGGGCCGUGCAGGGGGACCCCGAGGGCGCAGGCGGCCCCCGCGAGUUCCUGGCCCUGGUGACCGUGACGGACAAGGCCAAGAAGGAGGAGCUGGAGAAGGAAACCCCAGGGGCCGAGUCCAUCAGCCUGAACAUCGAAGACCUGAGCGGGGUCCCCGACCUGGUGGCCCUCCUGGCCGUGAGAGACACGUGGGAAGAGGAGCCCGUGGGCAGCGACGCUUGGGAAAGCGAGUCGCAGGCCAGCGGGGACCACGGGCAGGAGGGGGGCCACCCUGAGUUCGUGGCCAUCGUGGCCUACACAGAUCCCGUGGACCCCUCUGCCCGGGAGGAGAUGCUGAAGAUCGCCUCCGUGAUCGAGUCGCUGGGCUGGAGCGACAGGAAGGAGCAGAGCGACGCGCUCCCCGAGGUCCUGUCCGUCAUGUCCAAGGACGCGCGCGGGGCCCGCGUGCAGGUGCAGGAGGCCGGCCGCCAGGUGGACGCGCUGGUCCUGAGGAAGGCCAAGGACGACGGGAACCUCCUGGAAUGCAUCUCCACCCUGGCCGAGCCGGGGCCCCUCCCCCGGGGGAAGCCGGCCCCGCGCCGCCUCCUCGGGGGCUGGGGCGACGAGGAGGAAGGCGAGGUGGGCCUCCUGGAGCUGGUGGCACUGCUGGCUGCCCGGGACAUGGCCGAGGGGAUGAAGGAAGGGAAGGAAGGAGCCUGGGAGGGUGGGAAGUGCAGAUACCACAAGGGCGGCCUCGGGGAGCUCCUGGCGCUCCUGGCGGCGCGUGAGGACGGGGACUCGGAGGAGGAGUCGGAGUCGGAGGGGACUUCGGAGGGCGGCUCCGAGGAGACGUCGGAGGACACGGAGAGCGAGGCGUCCGAGCCGGAGGACCGGGCUUCCAGGAAGCCCCGGGCCAAGCGAGCCCGCACGGCCUCCAAGGUCCUGGGUCCGGCCGGCGCCCCCUCGGGAUCCCGCAAAACCCGACGGGGUGGCCGAGGCCGCGGCGAUCGGGGCAACACUCCCGAGAAGAAAGCCAAGGAGGAGGCGGCGGGCGACAAGAAGAAGAAGACGGGACGUGCGGGCGCCCGCGCCAAGGCCGGCGAGGCCAGGGGGCAGCCUCCCACCGGCUCCAAGCCGGCCCGCGGGAGGAAGGCUCGCCGGGGCGGGAGGCUGGCCCCCAAGUGCCGCUAGUGGCGCCCAGAGACCGCGAGGCGCGGCGGGCCAGGAGGCCUCUCCCUCCGCGUCUCCUCCGCCUCCGCCCUCCCGGGGGCAGAGCCCGGACUCCCGCUUAGCCGCGCGCCCUGCGCCCUGCGCCCUGCUGUGCGCCAGGCGCCUGCCUCCGGUCUCACCUUUACCUCCCAGUCCCUCCUUUGCAGGUGGCACGAGCGAUCCUGAUGGAAGAAGGAGAAAAAAACGGGCAUCCCAGGCAGCAGCCCCAGGUGAUGGGACCGUGUCUCCAAGGGCACCGGUCGGCGUGGCUUUGGGUGACCCCUGUUAGCUUGGGGGUGAGUGUGGCCCUGGACGCGGGCACCUGGGAAGGCCAGCGGUGCCAGUGAGUUCUUUCUGGCUCUUCGUGGUGCCCUGAAGGUUCCAGACACGUGCUUCUGGCACCCCCCCCCCCCCAAUCUGAUGGGGUCUGGGUCUGUGAUGGAGGCUUGGCCACCAGUUCGCCAGUGAUGUCAGGGUGAAGCUGAGCUCCCUGUCUGGAAGGGGAGGAUUAGAGGCCUAUGGUGGCUCCCCUGGAAGGGGACCAGGGGAGGAGUGGCCACCUGUUACCCCAAGCUGGGGAGGAGGAGGAGGAGGAGGAGGAGGGGGGGGGGAGGGGGAGGGGGAGGAGGGAGAAUCAGGAGAGACACCAGCCCUGCCCACCUCUGGAGCGGCUGAUGCAGAUGAAUCAGCAAUAAGGCCAAGGCUGCCUGCUGGUGCCCACAGGCUGCACGCAGACUCACAGUGAUUUCCAAAAGCCCUAAUUAUUUGCCAACCUCUUCAGUGACAGCAAUUCCCAUCCAGGUUACUGGCUUCUCUCUGCUGUGCCAGGCAGCGCUCUCCCCAGGCCUGUGGCCCCCCUCCUCCCCUCCGUAUUCCCACCAGCUGCCCGUCCCCUCCCCUGGGCUGACCAGUCUCUCAGCACGUGGCUUUGCAGCCCCUGACCAAGGUGAUAGGGGCGCUCAGGUGACCGUCUGAGUGAAUUUAAUGCCAGAGAAGAACCUGAGGGACACCCAGGGGCAGGGGCCUGUCCUGCCUGUGUGCGAGGUGACCAGUGUCCUGUCCUUAGAGGGGAGGACAUGUCCCUCGACUUGACGCCCCCCAGCAGCCCGGCCUGCGCUGGCAGGUCCGCACCUGCUGCCCCAAGUGCUGUCGUGUCCUGUCCACGGUGUGACCUGUGCAUCGGCCCCCCUGCCCAUCUCGGUGUUUCCCUCAGCAGCGAUCUCCACUGGCCACCCCUCCAAGCCCUCCUCCUGGGCUGUGUGUCUGUGACCCAGUUCCCGUGCCCAGGAGGUGCCCAGCCCAUCAUGCCAGCUGGGUCCUCCCCGCCCACCUGGAGGAAGGCAUGGCGCCUGGGCGUGUCCUCACAGCCCGAAUGGACUGUCCCAGCCCCACGCGGGACACAGACUCGGAGCAGCGUGCAGGUGGCCCCUUGGGCUGCGGGGACCUCCCUGGGACAGACAAGCUCACCUGGGAUGGGGUCAGGGUGGGCACGGAGCGGGAGAGGCGGCCUGUCCUCCCUGGGGUCCCCUGGGCUCCGGGUCCUGGCCGGGCUGAGCGGCUUCCGGAGGUGCCUGGGCUGGGAGGCCCCGUGUCACUGACUCCUCCCUGUGGUUCAGGCCCCUCUCCUGUGUCCUGUCACCUGGGACCCCAGUAAAGUGAGCUGAGUGUGCUGGUUGGUCUCUGUGCUCUGGGCAGUGCGGGAGGGGAGCGUAUGAGGUCGGGCAACAGAGGCCUCGCCUGUCAUGGCUGCCGUCCAGCCAGAACACCCGGGGACCACCCUGUCACUGACUUACACCCAGUGUCCUUUCUCCCUCAGUGAUGUGCCCCCAGCAGCCCCCUGCCCUGACCCACCCCCUUGAAUUCUGCCAGGGCUCAGCUUCCACCUGCUCUGCCCCCUCCCCCAGCUCCUCCUGCCCUGUCUUGCCUUGCCAGGUCCCAGGCCUCCAUCAUCUUUAGGUCCCUGCCACCAGACCCCCUUGGCUGGCCCCACCCAACUACAGGUUCUGGGGCCCAGCCCUCACCCCUAAUCCAGGCCCCGAGACCUCCUCCCUCCCCACAACUUGCUGUGUCCCUGCCCCAUUCACUAGCUUUCAGGUCAGUCUCCACCCCAGUAUACCUGACCGGACCCCGGCCUGUUCACACCCACACCCAGCCCAGCUCCCUGCCCUCCCCUCACUCACCCGGGGCCCACGCCACCCUCCUUGGUGCUCACCCUGGCGCUCAGCUGGGUCCUCUGUGCGCUCCGUACCCUGUAACCUCUGCCCAGCUCCCAGCUCCCGUGCUGAUCUUCAAGGCUCUGUCCUGGACCCCAGACCAAAAGGCCUGCCCUCCUACCUGGGUCCCUGCCCCAGACCCGCACACAGCCACAGGGCUGCCAGCGGGUCUGGUUAGGACUGGUCUGAUGUCUGAUGGAGUCACUCCCCUUUCCAAACCCUUUAAAGCAGCGGUACUCAACCUGUGGGUCGCAACCCCUUUGGGGGUCGAAUGACCCUUUCACAGGGGUCGCCUAAGACCAUCGGAAAACACAUAUAUAAUGACAUAUUGUUUUUGCGAUUAAUCACUAUGCUUUAAUUAUGUUCAGUUUGUAACAAUGAAAUUGGGGGUCACCACAACAUGAGGAACGGUAUUAAAGGGUCGCGGCAUCAGGCAGGUUGAGAACCACUGCUCUAAAGGCUUCCUCCAUACCCACGGGCCCCAGGAGUGCCCUUCCAGGGUAUCUGCAGGUCACCUUCCGGGGGGCCUCCCUGACACCCUGUUAAAAAGCUCACCUUCCCGCCCAUCCCCACCUUGUUUUCAGAGCUUUGAUGGCCACCCAAUACACUUGUUUCUUUCUAA